CAAUUUUGACCAUAAUGACUCUGAUUUCACGUGAUAAUGAAAAGUUUUCUUAUUGGCCUCAGAGUCAGAAGGUCUGAAGAUACAGGAAAAGUAAAAUUAGGACUGGGCAUACACCCAAAAAGUCUGCAUGGCUCACUGUUUCCUGGCAGCUUUCAAGUGAAUGAAUACUCUGAGAGUGGACAGCCUAAGUGACCAGUGGCUUUGGAAGACUCAUCAUAACUGUCACAGAGAUCUUACUAGAAAACAGACCUGGGAGCAGUAGCAGCCAAAUCCAGUGAGAGGACAACACGGCAUCAGAGAGCUGCAACAUAAGGAGAUGAAUGUAGUGAGAGAGCUUGUUAACAACCCUGAAGUCACUCAGCCAAUGCUGUGAAGACUGUCUGGGAGCUAUCAAAGACAGACUGCACUACUGAACAGGACUCCUGGCAGCUAUGGACACGAUCUACAACUAUCUGCGCAUCUUUGCUGUUCGUGUUUACAACUUCUUCCAUACUAACGAAGAAUUAAUUCCCAACCUGGCUCAGAAUUUCUAUUCUUAUGUACUUGUGCCGACUCAAUGGUCCCUGUGGCAGAUACUACUUAUGAUGAAGACCUGUAUUGUGACAUUUAUUACCAUUCUGCUUCCCAUGGCUCGUGGCUUCACUCUCCACCUACUAAGACACCUGAGACACGAAAGACUAAUGUCCAUACUUAACGGGACACAAUGGGCCUACUAUGGCCUGGUCUUCUUUUACCAAGAAAACAGUUAUGAGGUAGUUCUAAAGACCAUUAUAUGCCAUCUGUUUUUCACCUUGAUAAUAUCAUGUCUGCGAGGGAUCUGGGCUUUGAUUCACCAUCUUGCCAGAGCGAUGAGACACAUUCAGGUUGGAGAAAAUAACGUUCGUCGGUGGGCCAGAAGUCCUAGGCAUCGUCGGAAUCUAGAGGUUGUCAGGUUACGUUUGCAGAGAUCUUCACCCCCAAUCCGGGCAGUCCAGCCUUUUCAAAUCAAUCCAGCAGAACCUGAUUUGCUUCAAUUUCCAGUCAACCAAAUGCCCAGGCAACCUCAAUUCCCAAGCAUUCCCAAUUACAACAUCCGGCAGAGGCAACAUCGGGUGAGGGAGCUGGAGAGGCAGAGGCGACAACAGCAGGAGCAGCGACAACAGCAAGAGCAGCGACAACAGCAGGAGCAGCGACAACAGCAGGAGCAGCGACAACAGCAGGAGCAGCGACAACAGCAGGAGCAGGGACAACAGCAAGAACAGCGACAACAGCAGGAGCAGGGACAACAGCAGGAGCAGGGACAACAGCAGGAGCAGGUGCAACAGGUACAGCAGGAGGUACAGCAGGAACAGCAGGAGGUACAACAGGAACAGCAGCGGGAGGAGCAGGCCCUCGUGCCAGCUAAUAAUUCCCAGCAGAGCCCUCCUUGUGCCUAUUCCAUCCACACUUUUCAGGUUGUACACAUCAGACUGGGGGAGAGAGGCAGGUACUCCAGCAUUCAUGCCACACAGAUCCCUCUGGGCAGUGGUGGUGGCAGCAGCAGGGUGCCAGGUAGAGUGAAGAGGAGACAGAUUGCUCAGCCACCAAGGCAGACCUUCUACCAGCAAGUCCGGAACACCUGCAUUGCCACUAUCCUGUUGCUCUCUUUCUACUAUGCAUUCCACCUGUAUCUGCAGGUCAUCAAUUAAAGUGGCUCCACAUGAAAGGGCCCUGAGACUCCUUGCAUUGUUUCCUAGCCAUGAAGCUACUAUAGUUACCCGCUUGAGUUCUCAAGAACUUACUCCUUCGAUCUCUCAAAUGAAAAUGCCAUCUAGUCUAGGAAGCCUUUCAUGUAGCUCCUUUUGGGAAUAAAAGAUGCCUUUUCCCA